AGAAAGCACUUGCCUUCCGUCAAGCAGUAACUGUGAUACUGAACAAUGCAAUAUAAAGUCUAAUUUUAAUUUGAUAAGUUGUGAUAAUACAAAUGACAGUGAUAAUAUUAAAGAUUCUGCGCAUUUGACUGCAGAUGCUCCUUGUAUCGAUGAGAAUCUUAAUACAUUAGUUGUUAGUAACAAUAUUGAGAAAAGCGAUUCUCCAACAACUGUCAAUUCCAAUGCUAUUUUAAAUGUUGAUGCAUCAUAUGUGACAUUUGAAAUCGAAGAAGGCACUUGCGUUCCAUCAAGCAGUAACUGUGAUACUGAACAGUGCAAUAUAAAGUCUGAUUUUAAUUUGAUAAGUUGUGAUAAUACAAAUGACAGUGAUAAUAUUGAAGAUUCUGCGCAUUUGACUGUAGAUCCUCCUUGUAUCGAUGAAAAUUUUAAUACAUUAAUUGUUAGUAACACUAUUGAGAUAAGCGAUUCUUUGCCAGCUAUUAAUUCUAAUGCUACGUUCAGUAUUGAUACAGCAAAUGUGAAUUACGAUAUCGAAAAUGUUUCGACAAUAACUAAGAUUUCGGAUGUUAAACAGAGCGUUCAAUGUUGUAAUAAAUUUUAUUCUACUUCUAAAAUAUGUGAAAAUGCGAAUGUUAUUGAGAAAUUUAGAAAAACUAAAAAACCUAAAAAAACUCCGAAGAUUCUAGAAAUACAAAAUGUUAAGAUAUUACUAAAGAAGAUUCCAGUGCACACAGAGAAAGUUGAUAAUAUUACAAAUAGUAUACAGAUGAAUAAUACGUAUAAUAUCGAUAAUAGUGAUGUUUCUUCAAAUGCAAACGGGACUUACGUUAUCGAUAAUAUUUCAAGUGAAACAUCUUGUCCAGUUGCAGAAUCUACACUCAUAGAGAAUCAGUUAGACUUAGAGUGUGAAAUCCAUAAUAAUAAUUCUGAGUCUGAUGAUACAUCCAUUACAUCUAAAAAUAAUUUAGAUAGUAGUUUUCAUUUGUCAGAUUGUUCUAAGCUUGAAGACACAGAUGAAGAUGAAGAUGAAAAUGAAACUAAAAAUACACAUGAACGUACGAUUAAUACAAGUAAAAAUAAAUCUGUGAACAGGACAUUAAAUUUGACAUCAACAUUUUCAUCUGAAGUAUGUGAUGAUAGAAAUAUGUAUGUGGAAACUUCCAAUAAUCCUAAAUUAAAACAAAAUAUGUGCGUAUAUUGUGAAAAAUUUCAAGCGCAAAUUGCAAGACAUUUAGAAACAGUACAUAAAGAAGAAGAAGAUGUGAAAAAGUUUCGUCUUUUACCUAAGGGUAAUCCGGAACGAAAGAAGAUUAUUGGUCUACUUAGACAAAAAGGAAAUUUCAUAUAUAAUACUAAUUCUAACUUAAAUAAAGGAGAUUUAAUUGUAUGCCGGCGUCUAAGAAAUGAAUUGAAUAGACAAGCAGCCGAUUUUAUUCCUUGUGCUAAAUGCAAAGGGUUUUUUUCUAAAAAUAAUAUAAGACAUCAUUUUGCAUCAUGUGCGCCAAAAAGGGAAUAUCCUCAAAGAAAUGUUAAAAUAUUGGGACGUACUGUGGCUUGUCGAAUUCAUUACAGUGCAAAUACACCAUUAAGAAGAUUGGUGUUCCCAGUAAUGAGGGAAGACAGCGUAACUCAAAUUAUUAGAUAUGAUGAACUGCUAAUUGCUUUUGGUAAUAAAAUGUGUCAGAAGUAUCGUCUCCAACAUCAGCACGAUAUGAUUAGAGCGCGACUGAGAUUACUUGGACGAUUUCUUAUUGUUUUGAGAGAUCUCGAUAAUAGUAUAGUAGAUUUCUCUUCAAUAUAUAAUCCAACAAAUUAUGAACAAUGCAUUAAAGCUGUAAAUAAACUUGCACAAUUCGAUGAAAAGACUUGGACAUAUAAAAUACCAUCUAUUGCAACAUCUUUAGGAACACUUAUAAAACAAAUUGGGAAACUUUUAAGAAGUAUAUGCAUUAAGAAACAAGAUUGUAGCAAACAAACUGUGGUAGAAAAUUUUUUGAAAUUAUUUGAAGAGGAUUAUCCUGUUGCUGUAAAUAAAAUUGUGUUUGAAACUCAAGGGCAUCGAAAAAGGCAAAAGAAUAUUGUCUUGCCAUCUAUAGAUGAUAUAAAAAUAUUCAAUGCUUAUCUCAAAGCUGAACGCAUAAAAGCUCUAGAAUCUUUACAAACAAAUGGUUUCUCAAUUCACGCAUGGCGUAUGUUAACUGAAAUAACAUUAAUAUCGAUUAUGAUAUUUAAUAGAAGACGUGCUGGUGAACUGGAGCGUGUUUUAAUUGAAAAUUUGGAAAAUUGUGCGGCAAUUUCAAAAGAAGAAGCACCUGAAUUAUAUAAAUCUUUAUCUAAAUAUGUACGGAUGACAAUACGCGGCAAAUUAGGGAGAACGGUUCCUGUGUUACUCCAUGAAGAAAUAUUAAAAUGUAUGCAAAUGAUUAUUAAUUAUCGUAAAGAUGCUGGCGUACCCGAAAAUAAUCCUUAUAUUUUUGGUAUAUAUUCACUCGACAAAAGAAGAUUCAAAUAUUUGAGAGCAUGUGUAUUAAUGCGAAAAUAUUCUGUAAUUUCUGGGGCAAAAAUGCCAACUUCGUUACGAGGUACAAUAUUGCGGAAACAUAUUGCUACAGUAUGUAUGUCAUUAGAUAUAUCUGAACAUGAAGUGAAUAAUCUAGCUGAUUUCAUGGGCCAUCACGAAAAAAUACAUAAAUCGCACUACAGACAGUCAAUCGUAACAAAAGAUUUGGCUAUAUCACGUUUACUCAAAUACGCACAAGGAGGAGACACAACAGAUGAAAGUGAUAAUGUUGAUGAUGAAAAUGAAAACAGGGAUGAUUCGAUUAAUAAUGAUAACUCAAAUUUAAGUUUAAAUACUUCUGAUACUUUAUCAUUAAUACAAACGAGAUCAUCUAAACUGCCACGUUUACUCAAAUACGCACAAGGAGGAGACACAACAGAUGAAAGUGAUAAUGUUGAUGAUGAAAAUGAAAACGGGGAUGAUUCGAUUAAUAAUGAUAACUCAGAUUUAAGUUUAAAUACGUCUGAUACUUUAUCAUUAAUACAAACGAGAUCAUCUAAAUUGCCUAGCAAAGAAAAAAUUAUCAAUAAUCAUCUACAUAAUAAUAUCGAGAAAACAAAAGGAAACCGUUUGGCUUCUAAGAGGAAAGUUAAUUAUAAUAUUAAAAAUGUGACCGAAUCAGAUGAUGAAUGUAAUACAGAAUCAGAUUUAAAUAUUUUAUCAAAAAGAGCAAAGCAAUCUGAACAGGUGACUAGAGGAAAGAAUAACGUAAAUAAUAAUACACAGAGGCAGAAAAAAAGAAUGACAUCUGUUGUUGGUUCUACAAGAAAUAGUACUCAUAAGAUCAGAUGGACGGAUGAUGAACGCACAAUAGUUUUAUCUUCAUUCCAACCUGCCAUAAAAAAUAAAAAAUUGCCAUCUCUUCGUGAAAUUAACGAAAUAAAAAUUAAAUAUCCUGUAUUAAAGGCCCGUACAAGUGCUCAGAUAAAAAGUUGGUUACAUAACCAAAUAAGAAAAAAUACUUAAAACUAUUAUCAUUACAAUGUGUCGUUAAAAUUGCUCUUGUCGUAUAUUCUAUUCUGCUAUUGUUGUUUUCAUAAAAAAAGAUGUCCUAUUACGGUUUGUACAUGUUUUAAAAUUAUAUAACUCUUCUGAUUCUCCUCUAACCAAAGGAAAACAAGUUUUUAUUUUAAAAAAUUAAUGGUUCAAAAUUGUGCAACGUUAUCUCUACGAAUACGAGUACUGCUUUCAAUAUCAAAAUAUCAGAUAUUACAAUGAAAGAAUUAUAUUUUAACAUUGCACCAAUGUGAUACAUCUUUAUUAAGAUUCCGUACAAAAACAGUCUCUAAACAUUCCUUUUAUUGUAAGAAUUAUAAUAGAUUUAAAAUUAUUAUAUAGAUUUAAGAUUA